AUGGCCGUUGUCAUUGAGAUUCCCCUUCCCGGCGGCGCUGGUAUCUGCCUUAACAUGCCGGACUGGAUUGUCGUCCUCAUCUUCAUCAUGAUCUUCCGUGUCUGGGGAUGGCCCAUGGUCGUCCGUCGCUGGCCCCUGGCGUUCACUCGGUAUCUCGAGUACGAUCUCUACGAGCCAUUUUUGAAGUUUUUACGGUAA